UGAUUCAUGUGGGUACCGUCCCUCCUGUACACAUUUAUGACGUGCGUCAUUCGAGAAAAUAUGACACAUUUACCAAAGUUUCUUUUUGUUUGAAUGUUAUGAAUGACUACGGUUGUGCAGGAAACAGCAUAAGAUAGCAGUGGAUUUGACUGUUUGAACUUGUUAUCUUCACCAUGGCGAUGUAUAGAAAUAUUCUAAGAUCUACGAAUUUGACUUUAAAGUCAUUCCUUUAUAAAGCAAAGUUUCAAUCUACAGCACAAGUCGCAAUGAAAGAGACAAAACUUAAUUCGCUUGGUCCUCAACUUCAAGCAUUUAUUAAGGAGAAACGAGAACUAUGCCAGCCGGAAAGUGUUCACAUUUGUGAUGGCUCUGAGGAAGAAAAUGACCACAUAGUAAACAAGUUGAUUGAAAGUCAAAUGAUGAAGAAGCUACCUUUAUAUGAAAAUUGUUUUCUUGUGCGUACUGAUCCCGAGGACGUGGCUCGUGUUGAAUCUAAGACUUUCAUUUGUACCGAAAGACGUGAAGAUACAAUUCCGUCACCAGCGCCAGGUGUCGAGGGAACUUUGGGAAAAUGGGAAUCGCCUGACAAAAUGAAAAAAAAGCUUUUUGAGGACAAGUUUCCUGGUUGCAUGAAAGGUCGCACCAUGUAUGUCAUCCCAUUUUGCAUGGGACCACUUGGUUCACCAUUAUCAAAGAUUGGUGUUCAGUUGACAGAUUCACCAUAUGUGGUAUCCAGCAUGCGAAUCAUGACCAGAAUGGGAGCUGAAGUAAUGAAAUCUCUGGAUGAUAAUAAUUUUGUCAGAUGUUUACAUUCUGUUGGACAACCCUUACCAGCACCUAAUACCGGAUAUGCUUGGCCUUGUAACCCAAAAGAUACAGUGAUCACUCAUUUCCCCGCAACCAGGGAGAUUGUGUCAUUUGGGAGCGGUUAUGGAGGGAAUUCUCUUCUUGGAAAAAAGUUUAGCUUACGGCUGGGCUCAGUCAUGGCCAGAGAUGAAGGAUGGUUUGCUGAACAUAUGUUGAUAAUGGGUAUCACAAAUCCAGCUGGUGUAAAACGUUAUAUUGCUGCGGCAUUUCCAAGUGCCUGUGGCAAAACAAACCUUGCUAUGCUCAACCCAACAUUACCAGGUUGGAAGGCAGAAUGUAUUGGCGAUGAUAUUGCUUGGAUGAAAUUUGAUGAUAAUGGAGUACUACGAGCUAUAAAUCCUGAGUAUGGUUUCUUUGGUGUGGCACCUGGUACAAACAACAGCUCUAAUCCUAAUGCAAUGAAGACUAUUUUGAAAAAUACCAUAUUUACAAAUGUUGCUGAACGUAGUGAUGGGGGCUUCUUCUGGGAAGGACUCGAGAAAGAAAUCCCAUCAAAUGUCACAAUCACCGACUGGCUAGGAAAGAAGAACUGGUCUAAGGAUUUUAAGACACCAGCUGCUCAUCCUAACUCCAGAUUUUGUGCACCAAUCAGUCAGUGUCCUGUGAUGGAUCCUGCGUGGGAAGACCCUGCUGGAGUCCCCAUAAGUGCUCUCAUAUUUGGGGGUAGACGACCCGAGGGAGUACCUCUGGUGUACGAAGCAUUUGACUGGCAACAUGGGGUGUUUGUUGCAUCAAGUAUGAGGUCUGAAGCAACUGCUGCCGCAGAGCAUAAAGGAAAGGUUAUCAUGCAUGAUCCAUUUGCAAUGCGACCAUUCUUUGGUUAUAAUUUUGCUGAUUACAUAAAGCAUUGGCUAAGUUUUCAAGAUAAAGCAGGUCUUCAAUUGCCAAAGAUAUUCCAUGUGAAUUGGUUUCAAAAGGGUGAUGGAAAAUUUAUAUGGCCAGGGUUUGGUGAAAACACUCGAGUGCUCGAUUGGAUAUUCCGUCGCUGUGAUGGAGAAGACAUUGCGAUGUCGUCACCCAUAGGGUAUUUACCAAAAUUGAAUUCAAUAAAUCUCGAAGGAUUGGGAAAGGUCGACAUGGAAGAACUUAUGAGCAUCCCCAAAGAGUUUUGGCUUGAAGAAGUUAAUGCCAUAAGGAAAUAUUUUCAUGAUCAACUAUCGUCAGAUGUGCCUAAUGACAUUAGCAACGAAUUAGAUAAGUUAGAAAAGAGAAUCGGAGAAAGUUAACUUAUUAAGCUAAACAUCAAGAUUUUAAACAUUUAAUAUUACAACCAUUCAUGAGAUUAGGCUGAGCAUUCCAAUGAUGUAAUUUAAUGUGAAUGGGCCAGCCUGUCGAUUGUUCUUAUCGCCGACUAACGUUUCAUCGCCCUUAUUGCACAUUAUAAACGCUUAUUUUUUAUAACCUUAUCUAUAAUAAGGUUUGAUAGUCCACACCAAUAAUUGGUAAUCUCGCAACUAUGCAAACUGUAUGAAAAAGGGACUAACCCAGAUGUAAGUCAACAUGAAAUCUUAAUGUAAUUAUAUAAAUUUGCUGUCAUCAACUGGUGACUUUUACAGAUGGA